AUGCUCAUUCAGCAAACAGUAAUCUACGACGAUGUCGCCUGUGGUCUCUCCAACCAGUACGCUCCUAUAACUCUCGAGCAGGGCUGUCAUCCCGCAGCAUACCAAGUCCACAACGCCUACUUGGCUGGUAUGCCGCCCUCCACGCCGCAUCAAGGAAACAGACCUCAAAUCACACUGGCUUCCAGCCUCAACAACGGAGCCGCCACGCCCGGUCCUAAUGGUAGUCUGCCCCUGCUAUUCACCUCUUUACCAGGCUCUGGUACCAUGGAACCGGGAGCUCAACGACCCAGCGAACUGUACGUUGCACUUCAGGCUGCACAACAGCCACAAACUUCGCAGAUGACAGGAGCUGCCGGCUCUACGUCGCGGCUCGCCGAGUCAUUUUCAAGUGUCAUUUCACCAGUCGAGUCUACAGAAACAGCUAAUGGACUUACGUUUGUGCAGCCCGCCUGUACGGCCGGCUGCACUUUUCCUAUAUUUCCAGCCUUAUCUUCAUCUGUCUUUGCCGCCUCUUCAAUGGUGGCAUCUUCGAUAUCGUCGCCUCCUAAUCAAAUGGCUCCGCCCACAGGUCCAGCGCCACCACCACCUCCUCCAUCUGCUACUCCUGUUCAAUCU